ACUUGUAAAUGCUUUUUGUCUCUGUGAUUGUCACUAAUUUGAUCAUUUUGAUGAUGUCCUGUUGGUUUGCUGUGAUUCCAUAUGGUCCAGAGUUUGGUGCUUGGUUUUGUUCAAUAUUGAUCUGUUUACUGGAAACUUGAGCUUAGGUUUUAAUAAAAGGUGUUGUUGAUUUUGCACUUUGCUUCUGGAUGGAUGCAAAAUCUGCAGCAGGAUUUGUGAGCAAUUUAUAGUUUGGAGUCUUAAGAUGGCAUGAGCUUUAUUUUUGACACUUUUAUUGGCUUAUUAUUAGGAAUUUCAAACAUAGUGCUCUGGUGGUUUUGCAAAACUUCUUUUUACUCAAAUUAUGGUAAUUUUAUUUCUGGGUAGAGAAUUGCUUGGAUUCUGCUUCCCAUAUGAUGGGUUGACUUUUCGAGAGAGAGAUCACUGAAUUGGACCAUCAGCUCAUUGCAAGAACCAUCAGAAUCAUGAUGUCCAUAAGAUGGUUGUGAUUUAGAAAUCGACCUGAUUUUUAUGCUAGCUUCUGUUACACGUGCAAAGAGUGAUAGUGCAGUGCUGUAUGCUAGUGUGGGUUCAACUCUUACAAGAUUCCAUGCAACUAUUAGGUGUAAAUUGCAAUGUCUGCUUUCUAUCCUUAGCGCUUCAGAAAACUAUUCUGAUGUAGGCUGCUUAUAUUCAUUUCAUAAUAGUACUCAGAAUUGCAGCUUAGUAGCUAUCACCUGACUUAUUUCAUUCUGCUGUUUUUUCUUAUUUACUAGUGCUGAUUUGACUUGAUAAUGCAAACAAAUUUGUCUAGGAAAUGGCAAAGGGAACUAAAGGAAGACAUGGGAUCACCUCACAACAAUGCAGGUCUACUCCAUACCCCUUGCCUUCUCAGAAGAAAUGUUCCAAACAUUCUCAGAAGAAAGACUGGGAAGAUGCAACAUGUUCAGUAUGCAUGGAAUAUCCCCACAAUGCUGUCCUCCUCCUCUGUUCCUCUCAUGACAAAGGCUGUCGUCCUUACAUGUGUGGGACCAGCUACCGCUAUUCGAAUUGCCUUGACCAGUACCGGAAAGCUUACACUAAAGACACACCAACACAUGAAACUCAACCUCUUCAUGGUUUAUCCAUUAGUGCAGACAUACCCCCAUUUUCUACUCAACCUACUGAGAAAUGUGAGAUUGCAAAACUUGCGUGCCCACUUUGUCGCGGUCAGGUGAAAGGUUGGACUGUGGUUGAAACUGCGCGUGAAUUCCUGAAUGCUAAGAAACGUAGCUGUAUGCAGGAUGGCUGCUCCUUUGUUGGAAACUAUAGGGAAAUACGCAAACAUGUUAGGGCAGUGCACCCUGCUGCUAGGCCACGCGAAGUAGACCCUCUUCUUGAACAGAAGUGGAGACGGCUUGAGGGGGAGCGAGAGAGGGAUGAUGUGAUCAGCACAAUAAUGUCAUCAAUGCCAGGGGCAAUGGUUUUUGGUGAUUAUGUCAUAGAAGGAGGACACUAUGGGUUUUAUUCCGAAGAUGAGGAUGGAUUCGAUGCAGAUGUUGUGGAACGUCAUAGCGAAGGUUUUAGGGUGGGAGUUGAUGGCAAUUUGAUGAAUGCCUUACUUCUUCUGCAGGCAUUGGGUUCUGCUGGUAAUCUUGGCUCCGACAGGGAAAUAAGGCAGCAGUACAACAGUGACCCAAACAACGUUUUGGAUGAAGGCGCUGUUGGAAUUGAUCACAACCUUCCGGUGGUCAGUUACGAUUGCUCUAGUGAAGAUAGUGAUCAUAUUGCUGAUGGCCAUGACAAUGGUACAUCACUAGUUGGGCGUGCCCGCCAUCAAGGUUUGGGGGGUACUGGUAGGAGACGUAGGCGUAGACACUAGACAGGCAAAUGGAGGUCAACGACAGGGGUAUUGCUAUUGACGGAGGUUCGAAGUUGGAAAUGUUUAGGGUGUUAAUUUAGUAGAAGGGAUACAUAGGUAUUCUAACAUGAUAAUCUGCUAGGCACUGAUGUUCGAUAUUUAUGGUGGGCCAAGAUGAAGGGUGUCGGGGGACCUUCAAGAAAGUUGAUUCUUUUGUAAUUGUUGUUUGUAUCUUCCUAAUUCUCUCUGUGACUGACCAGUCAAUUUCACAAAUCAAUGUGAUUUAUCUUGUAUAUUCACACUCAUUCUCUAAUCCAUUCCUGUAAUUGUUGGGCAUA